UCAUUUUGCGCCUCACCAUAAGGCAGCUCACAACCCGUAAAGACUACCAAGUCUCUAGAUUGAAUUUACUGUAUUGGAUGGUCUUAUCUUUUUUUCAACGCACAUCACUCGCGAAUGAAAGCUGCUAGAUUCGCCAGAAUGGCAGCUCCUAGCACUGUCCUUGAUGGUGUCUUCGGCAUCAAUAAGCCUAUGGGUAUGAGCUCCGCUCAGGUUAUUAGGGACUGCCAACACCACUUUAACCCCUCUACAUUUUUCAAGCCAAUGAUAGAUCAAGAGAGGGCAGCCAGGUCGCAAGAGUCCAAUACUAGACGAAAGCGGCGUGGAUUUGGCAAGAAUGACAUUCGAGUCAAAAUGGGCCAUGGUGGUACACUUGACCCGCUUGCCACUGGUGUUCUCAUUCUGGGUGUUGGUAAGGGUACUAAGUCUCUCCAGUCUUUCUUGGAUUGCACCAAAACAUAUGAGACUGUGGUGCUUUUUGGUGCCAGCACCGAUACGUAUGAUAGGGUCGGUAAGAUCCUCAAGAAGACAGCAUAUGACCAUAUCACUCGGCCUAUGGUUGAAGAGGCGCUCAACUCCUUCCGUGGAAAAUUCCAACAGAUGCCACCUCUUUAUUCAGCAUUAAAGAUGGAGGGGAAGCCUCUUUAUGAAUACGCAAGAGAGGGUAAACCGAUCCCGCGAGAAAUUGCAACUAGAGAAGUGGAGGUGACUGAACUCGAAUUGGUCGAAUGGUGCGAACCCGGUCAACAUUCCCAUCGCUGGCCUGCUGAGGAAGCUACCACAUUCGAGCGCAACUUCGCCGAGCAGGUCUGGAAGAUCGAAAAGCAGCAGAUGACUUCCAAGAAACUUAGCCCCGAAGAAGAGGAACAAGAGACGAAGGCUUUGAAUGAGCACGAGAGCUUCAAACGGAAGUCUGACGAAACCGUCGACGCGCUCGUGUACGACAGGGUUAACAAGCGUCGGAAGACUUCGCAGCAUGCACCGUUGAUGUCGGGAGCGCUCGGUGACCUUCCUCCAGCGACCCCGAAGCCGGGAAAGGGAUCAAAUUUGAUUCCUGAAACUUCGGAUACUGACACACCCCCACCUUGGGAGGAUAAAGGUCCGCCAGCAGCAAAAAUUCGAAUGACUGUAACUUCAGGCUUUUAUGUCAGGAGUUUUUGUCAUGACCUAGGCGUGAAAAUUGGAUCUGCGGCAAUGAUGGCAGAGCUUUGCAGAAGUCGGCAAGGUGAUUUCGUCCUAGGUAGCUCUAAUUGCUUAGAAUAUUCGGAUCUGGCAAAGGGAGAAUCCGUAUGGGCCCCUCAAGUGAAGGAUAUGUUAUUUCAGUGGAACAACAAACCGCGCAGCAAGUCCUCCCAGGCAGCUCUAAGAGCUAAGCCGGUCUUACCGGUAGCCAAUAAUGAGAAGCGAGAUCGAUCUGCGUCUCCAGUCAUAUCCAAGGAGCCUGAUAACACGAACACAAAGGAUAUAUUAACAAGUAAAAAACCAACGCUACCAACUCCAAAAUCUUCUUCUCCAACCCAAGAUGUCAAAUCCGAGGAAGUAAAAGGCACAAAGUCGCAAGAGAUAGAGGGAGGUGGUAGCUCAGCAGACGUAGCACAAGCUGCCCUAGCUACAAGCUUACCCGCGUCUCAAGAAGCCGCCAACUUGGAUAUUAAGAGCAAAGAUGCCGAUGAGGAAUCCUGGAACGGGUUUCCCGACACACCCGCUGCCGUGAAGGCGUAGGUACAAUUUGGCCAUCUGGAGAUUUAACUUGGGUAGCUUUGAUAUAUAUCGCUUCUUACGUGGGGACAUGUAUAGAAAUAGCGC